UCAGAUGAGGUCGGCCACGUUCAUGGGCAUCUCGUCUAUCUGCGUCGAGUAGUACUGCUCGAUAUCGCGGAGAAUACGAAUGUCGUCAUUCUGACCACCAUACACACACCCACACACACACACACUCGUCAUGCUGUAAGCAUUCUCCUAUUCUCUCUCUCUCUCUCUCUCUGUGUGUGUGUGUGUGUGUGAAUGCGACUGUUACCUUGACGAAGUUAAUGGCGACACCCUUUCGGCCGUAUCGGCCGGACCGUCCGAUGCGAUGGAUGUACAGCUCACGAUUGUUGGGCAGGUCGUAGUUGAUCACCAGCGACACCUGCACACACACGCAGACGCCCAUACGAUGAGCAAUGAGGUGUCCGGUGAUAUUUGUGUUGCCGACUGACCUGCUGGACGUCCAGCCCUCUGCCCCACACGUCCGUGGCUAUCAGUACCCUGCACUCACACACAUGCCGAAGACACAGAGUGGCAUUGUGGUCUGCCUGCGUGUGUUGAUGGAUGAUUUAUGUACAUACCUGUUAGACCCGCUCCUGAACUGGCUCAUGAUUUGCUCCCGCUCCUUCUGCGGCAUGUCACCGUGCAU